AUGUUUGAAGCCAAGUUUAAGAAUGGAUUAUUAUUCAAAAGAUUGAUUGAUGUAUUUAAGGAAAUGGUCAUAAGUGCAAAUUUAGAAUGUGAUGAAACUGGAAUUUUAUUAUAAGUAGUUGAUAAAUAAUUAUAAAAGGGUAUGGAUAUUAAAUAUAGUUGUAUGUUAACACUUAGAAUAAGUUUAAAUGGAUUUUUAAAAUAUAUAUGUGACAAAUAAAUUAAAAUAAGGUUGAAAAUUUAAAAUUUUUAAACUAUUCUUAAAUGUUCUGAAAAUGAAGAUUAAAUUACACUAAAAUCAUAAUAUGAAGAUCCAAAAACAUUAUCUAUUAUAUUUGAAUCAAAAAGUAUAAGAAAAAUAUUAGAUUAGAAAGAAUAAGUGAAUUUUAGUUGAAUUUGCUCAAUAAUGAUGAAGAAUAAUUCGGAAUACCAUUUUUUGAGCAUAAUUCAAUAAUAAAAAUGCCAUCAAUAGAAUUCAUUAAAAUUUGUCGAGAAUUAGCUAAUAUUAAUGAAUACAUAAAUAUUGAAACAGAAUAAGAUAAAAUAAAGUUUAGUGUUAAAGGGGAAAUUAUUUUAGGUCAUAUAUAAAUGAAUACUUUUUAUUCAUUUAGACCAGAAGAGAGAGUAAUAUGUGAAGUUAUAGAACCAGUCAAUUUAAUGUUUGAAGUAAAGUAUAUUUAUAUAUAUUGUUAAUAAUAGAUUUUUGAAUUAGUUUAAUGUAGCAUCUACAUUAUUCAAUUCCAUUACAUUGUUAUUGUCUUAAGAUCUACCAUUAGUCGUUGAGCAUUUAAUAGAAGAUAUUGCAAUACUUAGGUUGUAUUUAGCCCCUAAAAUAAUUGAGGAAUAAGUAUGA